AAAAAUACACCUGGGCUAGAAAAGUAAAACAAUCACUUUCUCUCUCUAUUGCUUCUCAGUUUCUCUCUCCUCUCUACAGUGUCUCUUUUCAGUUCAUGGAACCGCAGCAACCACCAGUAUAACAGUCAAACAGCCAAAUUAUUGGCGCGCAAUUUUAUCUGAAUUAGGGCUUGGGUAAAUUCGUUGAGAUGAUUGGAUUAAGUGCUGCACACUAAGUAUGAAUCUUCAUAACAUAUUUCAUAACAUAUGGACGACGGUAAAAUAGAUGAGAGCUGUAAGCCCAGAGACAACCAUAUCAAAGAUAUAACUGUUUGCUUGAGAAAUAACGAGCAGGGGACACACAAAAUAUUCCAUUUCGAAUCUUCCAUCCUUAUAGGGAAGAGCAAAUUCUUUGCCAAUCAGCUUUUGUCAUCUAACAAGAGCUCUUGCAUUGAUAUUCACUGCUCCGUUUAUGACAAUGAUCACUAUGUUCAUCUCUUGAGCCAUCUUCAUCUUCCUGCCAGUUCACUUGUUGACUCGUGGAAAAGUGUAAAUUCAGCCCUUGGUGUUCUCCAAGUUGCUGUUUCUCUCCAAUGUGAAGAAAUAGCAAAAACCUGUGUUGAUUACUUAGAAGCAGUUCCUUGGGACGACAGGGAAGAGGAGGAAAUAUUAAGAAUUGUGCCAAAACUUGGUCAUGUAGCCUUGCCUAUAUUGGCCCGUGUUAAGCCCCUAGAUCCAAAUUCAACCAAAAAUGUUUUUCUUGCUGCAGUUCGAUAUGCCAUGUCUAUCUCUGCACCUUGCCCUCCAUUUGGGGAUGAGAUUAGGAUUUCCGCUCAAGAGCAGAUAGAGUACAUGCUAGGGGAAGAUCAAGAGACCCCACUAGUUACAGCUGAUGAUGAAGUAAAAUUUGAGAUAAGAAAGGGUCUUUCUCAGAUGUUUUCUAUGUUUCAAAAGGGAAUUUCAUCACUCCCUUCACUCACUGACAUAUCCUUGGAAACCUCUGAAAAUAAUAUAUUGCAUAAUUUAAAUGAUCUUGAUUGGUUGUGCAAUUUACUUCCAAAGAUGAAUCUAAUGGGAGAUUUUGUCUCAAAAUGGGUUGAUAUAUCAAGCUGUAUACUAAUUGUGGUUGAGCACCCAAAUUUGGAAUCUGUCAUGUGGAGUUUGAAGUUGAAGCUUAUCGAGAUUACUUCAAAGGUGUUGGAUGCUGUGGGCUAUGGCAAUGUGAUUUUGCCUCCUGUAUGUAGGGUGAAAUUGUUGAAGACAUGGCUUCCUUAUAUUCAGAAGAUGAAGCCGGUUCUUGAUUCUGUGGGUAACAACGAGACAGGUUUUCCUUACAGGAUGGAUGAAGACCUAUGCCAGGGUAUUCAGGGAGCCAUUGUUUCACUUAUAGUAGCGUUUCCUUCAAAUGAUCAGGCCGAUAUACUGGCUGAUUGGAUGGAAUCUGAGCAGUUAGGGUAUCCAGACUUAACCGAAGCUUUCGAGAUAUGGUGUUACAGAACAAAGUCUUCUAAGAGAAGGUUAAUAGAGGGGUUGGAUAGAGUAAGCAAUGGUUCGAUCAGCUCCGAUUCAUCUUCGUGAUUUUCCUUUUGGCCCAAACUUGUCAGAAGGAAAAAUGUAAUUUGAUCUAAUUCUGGCUUCAUUUAGAAAUUGUAAUUCAUUGGAUUCAAGAUUGGUGCUUUAACCUAAUUUCAUGCUCCCGUUGCCAUGCUCUGGUCACUCAAUGGCUUUGUAAUAAGCAAACGGUGGUGAUAUGAGCUUUAUUUCAUGCGAGCAUUGUAAAUUGUGUGAUGUAGUUUCGUGUUAUCAGAUUAAUUAGCCUUGAUAUUA